GAUCUGCAGAUAUCAGAGGAAGAGGAUGACAAUGAAGGGAAAAUAAACCAAGAAGAUAGUAUUGAUGAUGUUGUUGUUUUGGAGAAUAUAGUAGAAAAAGAUGAAGAGGAAAGACAAGAAAUUGUAACUACCACCAGUAUCAUUAUGUCUACAAAGGAUGAUAAUGAUAGCAAUGAUGGUGAUGAUCUAAUGGACCUGACAAAUAAUUUAAAUGAAUCAACAAAUACCAGAUGUAAGUGCUGA